UCACAUCCGUCAUCCGCCAUUUGCGAAAGUAGCCGAUCGCUGCUCCGCAGCGCGAGUGUCGUACGUUUGAGUAUGUCGAGAGUGUAAUUUGUUAUUUUCAAUUAAACUGUGACUUCUGUGCGGGAUUUGAGCAGUUAAAAUGAUUGUGAGAUUUUUGAGCGUGCUGUGCCUGGGAGUUUUGGUGGCUUCGGCGCACAAUGCCGAAGGAAACAACGACAAUGAAGACGUACCAUACUUGGAGCUGGCGGAGCCCGACGAGGGCUACCACGGCCUGAUCCGGGAGAACGAGACCCUGGUGGAGGUGACCCCGGCCAUCCGCGCCCGGGGACCUCUGUGCUCGUUCCUCAUACUGAACAACAAGCAUCAUGGGGAGGCACCAUUUGAGAUAAUGGUGAUCGACGAGAACGAGGCGCGGCUGCGCGUGCGCUUCCCCCUCAACUGCGAGAAGCGGCGCAACUACAAGUUCGACAUCGCCGCCGUGGGCUGUGACGGCUCCUACUCAAACACGGUCCCAGUGCACAUAACGGUGACCGACGUGAACGAAUUCGCGCCGGUCUUCCCCCAGUCGGCGUACGUCAAGUCGGUGGACGAGGGCCGCAUCUACGACGAGAUUGUUCGCGUCGAAGCGACUGAUCGCGACUGUACGCCGCGGUAUGGCGACGUGUGCAAGUACGAGAUACUGACGGAUCGGAGCCAGCCCUUCGCUAUCGAUACUUAUGGUGUGAUCCGCAACACAGAGCCGCUGGACUACGAGAAAUCACACAACCACAUCCUGUCUGUCGUCGCCUACGACUGUGGGAUGAUGCAGUCAGCUCCAGUUAUGGUCACCAUCAAGGUUAACAAGCCUUGUCGAGCGGGAUGGAAAGGAGUGGCAGAACGCGUGGACUACGCCCCCGGCACGGGCCCGCUGGCGCUGUUCCCGGCCGCGCGCCUCGAGGCCUGCUCGUCCGACGAGCGCUGCCCCGGCGUCACCAGGAUCCAGGCCGCCGUCACCCUGCAGGCCUCCCGGGCCGGCUCGGGCUGCGACCGCGACACUUACGCUAUACACUCGCAGAGGACCAUUUGCGGUUUGGACCCUAAGACUGUGGACCUCCUGCCCAGUCCGGGCGCUGGUAACGAAUGGGCGAAGGCUCUCAAACCUGAUUCAGGUCGCGACGGCGAGCAGAUGUUCGAGUUCGACGGGUCGACGACGGCGGCCGCGGUGCCGGGCCGCGUGCUGCCGCCCGCGCUGGCCGGCAGCUUCUCCAUCUCCACGUGGCUGCGGCACGCGCCGCCGCCCGACCACGACAAGCACAGGAAGGAGCAUGUCUUGUGUCUCGCCGAUGAUCACAAAAUGAACCGCCACCACUACGCCCUGUUCGUUCGCAACUGCCGCCUGAUCCUGCUGCUGAGGCGAGACUUCGGCGACGGUGACCUCAACAUCUUCAGACCAGCCGAGUGGCGUUGGAAGAUUCCUGAGGUGUGCGAUAACGAAUGGCAUCACUACGCUGUGAACGUUCGCUUCCCGAACGUGGAACUCUUUGUCGAUGGAGAACCUUACCGCGCUAUUGACGGAAAAGGACCAGAAGUCAUUGAUGACUGGCCACUGCAUCCUGCUCAUGGAGUCAACACUACCCUCGUCGUUGGAGCUUGUUGGCAAGGAACCGAAAGCGACAUGAAACACCACUUGCACGGCUGGCUGGCCGGGCUGGGCGUGCUGCUGCACGGCGUGCAGCCGCCCGCCGCGCUCAAGUGCGUCGCGCACUGCCGCGAGGGGCUCAGCCUCGCGCCGGAUCUAUACCUGAAGUCCGUGUCGGUGGAGGGCGACGGCGUGGCGGACGUGGAGACGCUGCUCCGCCGCGUGGCGUACGGCGACGCGCGCGCCUUCCCCACGCCCGGCCGCCGCAACGUGCACGUCGCCACCACCAUCACAUGCGACAAUGGCCGCAUAAUCAAAGCGAAGCCCGCCGAGUCCUACAUCAUGGUGUUGCAGCCCCAAACACCAAGCAUCCUGAUCAACGGGACUGAUGACGCUGCGAGGGACUACGCACACUUCCGUCAGGGUCUGAGGGUGUUCCCUGAAUUGAGUGUUAGAGUGUUGGCAGCACAGCAUGGAGCCGUGAAAGAUGCAGAGAGCCAGAAGCUAGACUCGUGCGUGGUGUCGGUGUACCCGGCGCUGAACCCGGACCACGAGGCGCUGUCCCUCCGCUCGGCCUCGGAGCUGCCGCUGCGGUACGACAUCCGCGCCGCCGUGACGCGCGACGGCGUCAUCCUCACCGGCUCGGACUCGGUGCACAACUACCAGCAGGUCCUCCGCGAGAUCGAGUACAGCAACAAGAAGCCCGCGUACUACUUGAACCGCGUGUUCAAGCUCACGUGCUCCGAGCUCGACGGCCGGUUCACCAGCAACGAAUAUGUUCAAACGCUGACUGUGGUGCAUCCUCACAUGAGCGGCGACGGACUAGCACGCGAACUUCAUCCUAGCGGCGUGGCCGACAAAAUGGACGCCGUGGCCAGAGACAAACAGGCCGCGCACGCGCACGGGCACGCGCUGCAGCCGCGCGUGUACGCGGCGCACGCGCAGCGCGACGCGCACUCCGCCGAGCUGCCCGCGCCGCGCCUGCUCGACGCGCCCGCCGGCGCCACCAACCACGUGGCGCUGCUGAUCGGCGUGGUGGCGUGCGGCGUGGUGGUGCUGGCGGGCGGCGUGGCGCUGGCCCGCGCGCGCGCCGCCGCCGCCGCCGCGCCGGCGCGCCGCCCGCCGCGCGACGAGAUGGCCUGGGACGACUCCGCGCUCACCAUCACGCUCAACCCCAUGGAUGAGGCAGCAGCGGAGAUGGGCGCGGCCGGCGCGGCCGAGCUGAGCUCGGACGGGGAGUCGUGCGACGACUCCGACUCCGACCGACACGACUCGUCGGAUGAAGACGAGGAGGUGAUGUCCGGCAAACAGCACAAAUAUAGAAACAUCAGCCAGUUGGAGUGGGACAACAGCACCAUGUAAUGCGCCCACGCAUCUUGCAUCUCUCUCGCACGCGAGCCACGCCUCUAUCGCUAUCUCGCUCCGCAAACUGUUCGCAUUAGUUUUUACGUGUAAUGGAAUGUGUUGAUGUGUGAAGGUCGUUAAAUGGGUUUGUGAUACUCGAUACAUUGGCAAUGAUAUUAUAACUAUAGAUAUAGCAUACCCUAACAUAACAAGCGAAAAAAACGCUUCCAACGUCACGGCAGCACAUAUUGCAUAUGGUUUACAAUACACCUACAUACGAAAAGGCGUAGGGGACGGCAUAAUUAAUAGAAUACCUAAUUAAAAACGAGACGACUAGUGUUUGUCAGUUGCGCGUCACAGUUAAAGUCCAACGACUAAGAACAAACUAUUGGUGUCUUCACAUAUGUGCCCGCCCCACGUGACUACCGCCAUACAAGAGGCGGGGACAGAUGGGAAUACACCAAACUAUCGUCACAAUAAGUGCUUCAAUUUUGGAGCAUGUAUAACCUGUCUACAGUUAUUAUAUCAUUGCACACUGAUGUGUGUAUUUUUGAUUUUUAUCUUUGAAUUUUAGGAAUAAUUAUUCAGAAUAGUGUUCAUUCAGAAUAAGAGAAUAUCAAAUAUGACGAUCAAAGUAAAUUACACAAACGACUGGAAAAUGUUGUCUUAACAUCAGUAAAUAUAAAUUUUAUUUUAAAAUAUACACAAUGUGUUGUAAUUGUAAAGAAAGUAAAAGGUUUUCUUUGUAUUACUAGCCUUGCAACAAAAUAUUUUAGGCGACUGAUUGGGCAAAAAUAGAAUAAUUGACUAAGACUAGUUAAAUUUGACGUCCCAAUCGGUAUACGAGUCAUUUAACUUAGGAAUGAAAAAACUAUUAAGACGGAAACUAAAAAUAAUGCGAUUAAACUAAUGCAUACUGUUUGCGAUCCGUCUAUCUCUGUCCCACACUAGGCCCGAUCCUAAUGUCCGACAGAGACGACACAGCGACCCACAGUACAGUACGGAAUUGAUUUCUCGAGAUGUAGAAGGCACAACCCACGGCACAAUUUGUCAUUUAUAUUUUUAAUUUGUAGUUUAUUGUAAGUCUAAAAUUGAUCAUAUCAAGUUUAUACGUAAAUGGUUUUUCGCAAACUAUUGUUGCCAAUGAGCGCGAGUGUACUUAACGUGUUUUGGAACGCGCCCGGCGGCCAUUUUGUGUCCGUUUCGGCCAUUUUGUCUCCGUGUCGGCCAUUUUGUGUCCGUGUCGGCCAUUUUGUGCCUGCCAUGUUGGCAGCGGUAGUUCGCUCCGCGCUUGCUUUGUAGAACAGAGUACUCUACUCUAGAACUCUUUUCUAAUCUUUUUUUAAAAAUAAGUGGAAACAACUGUAUGUACUAAAUAACGGUAGUCGUUGUAAUUUCGUAUGGAAUCAGUAUAGCUCGUAAUAUAGCUUGUAAGUGAUCAAAUACUAUGUAUAUUGAAUACUUAAGAGACAUGUUGUAUGCUUCACUUUACACUUCAAGUAUAUUUUGCUAUGAUUUUUUAAUUUAAGACUCCCGGUACGGCGUUGCCUAUUUGCGUUAUUUUUGGUUCAAAAUGCAUUUACAAUUUUAAUUUGAUGGUACAAAAGCUUCGUACAAUUUGUAGUUAUUGUCGUUCGACACAGAAAUGUCCAAAAAUACUUCUACCCUUUAUGAGCUUCUCAAAGAUCGGCUUAAAUGUAUAUUAGGCACAGAUAUUUUGAAAAAAAAAAAUAGAUGUACGAUAUUAUACAAGUAAUAUACAAAAUGGUAUCGACAGCUACUAUAUAAUUAAUUAUAUAUAUAUUUUGAAUGCGUUAAGGGAUUUUUACUAACAAUUAGGUAGUAAGAGGCGGUUACGCCGCCGGUCUAACUGUAGGUAGGGUUUUAUUUGGGUCUAUCGGUAGUGCGUCUCGCUCGCACGCCAGCUGUGUCCAUCCCCGUGACAGAGACAAAAUAUAUCAAAGAGUCAAUACACAGACGCGACAUUAUUUGAAGAGUCGAGUUUCGUCCCAAGGUCACGGGGUUGGAAGUACAGUUUGACGUAAAGUGGUUGCAUAUCAUGGAACGUUUGCCAUAUUAGUGUUAUAUGUGUACGACUGUACGACCCCAAGCAAUCGUUGACAUAAUCAUUUUGUCUUUGUCACUAGUUAGCGUUGUUGUAUGUUGCCGUUUCUCUCGCACAUGUGGCGGUUACGGGCGGGUUGUGUUUGGCAUUGUUAUAUAAGUUGGGUUUAAGGAGCUCAUCUCAUAGCAUUUAAUAAAAAAAUCGCGCAAAGUAACUUAAUGGGCCUUUGCGCAAAAUAAUUUAAUUUUUAUUCCAUUUUUUGAAAAAUUGUCCGCACUUUUUUUCUAUCAAUUCACCAACAAAUUUGACAAUAAAUAUUAAGUACGGUUAACUUAUCGAUCCACGUUAAAAAUAACUUUAUCGCAAGCUGCUUUCUAGUUUCUGAUACUCAGACAGCUAGUAGUCAAAAUACCGUAGAUACUUAAAAAAAUGUCUGACAUCUGUCAUAUAUAUCAGCUGUCAAAAUUUGACAUUAACAAUCCAAAUCUUGAUACUGGCGAAAUAAUCCCACUGGACUGAAGCCGUAAUUAAAAAAAAAUGAAUGAAAGUGGCAUACAUCGUUUUUGAAUUGUUGGAAUUUUGACAUUAUUUCAAUUAAUCAAAUUUGAAAUUUAAAUGUCGUAAUCGCGGCCUACCACUCCAAGGGAUGACUAUCAACACAUUAUAUAAUCUUUGUAGACGCGAUAAUUUACUAUUUAACAUGUCGAAUAAUGCUCUGUAUUCCGCUAUGAACCCUCAAGGCAAGAUUUUGUCGUUUAGUUAGUGAAAUUGUGCCAUCUUAAACAACGAAAACACAUGUCAUUCUGUCAACGCAGCCCGCCAUAUUAAGUUUCUGCUUCAAGUUUCCCGUUGUGUUUGUUAGUUUGUUCUUAACUACCGUCCAAACUUCGCUAUUUUAAUAUUUUUAAUCUAGAUUAAGAUCUGAAAGGUUUUAUUCUUUGACAGCGUUCGCACAGGCAGUUUUAACUUCAACAAGUAUUAUGUGAGGUAGCUACUUUUUUCUUUUUGUAUUUUGCGGUAUUAUUACAGUAUACUUAGGAAUCCUCUUUGAUGUAUGAAUUAUUAUAUUUUAGCUAAAAAUAAAGUUGGUUUAAAAUAA